GGUCGGAGUUGUAUUGAGGGGGUUGGGGAAGGGAGUGAUCUGUGUUGCUCUGUCGUUGCCGUGGUUACAACAUACAGUCGUCGGCAGUUGACCCGUUCCUUGACUUGAUGUAGCAAUAUGGCGUUAAUAUGGAGUGUUGUAAGUGUUUCGUGUUCAAUACUUGUGAUGCCGUUCUUGAUGUUCCUGUUAGCAAUAAUUUUUCUGGCUUCAAUCGGGAAAUCUCUAGGAGUUCGAAGAUUAUACGUGAAAAUGUUGCUGAAAAUAUUUGAGUAUGGUCGUGAAAAUAUUGAAAUUGCAAAGAAAGACCGCCAUACCAGCUGUGACAACUCUGAAAAUGAGGAUGAAGAUGAUGUGGAAGGACAAAGAGAUAAAGAAAAGGGUUCCAGUAAUGUCACUUGUCAUUACUUAAAUCACAGUAACCACAUGCUGCACAAGAUGGACAGGAAGCUGAAGAAUGGUGUGCUGGCAAACAAUUCCACAAGUGUGAUUAGCAGGGAAGACUUGAUCUUGGUUCCAGAUCCCGAGCAGAACUACACAAGUGCAAGCACUGUGAACUCUGAGGGUGACCACACAGCUGUCAUACAUAAUUUUCCCAGAAGAAGAUCUUUUGAGACACUGAAGCGUGAAUUUGAACUAUCUGAUUGCCUCAAUUUUGUUAAGGCUGGAGUAGAGGCUAUAAUUGAAGACCAAGUUACCCAUAGGUUUGAGGCUGAAGAACUUAAGUCAUGGAAUCUACUGACAAGAACGAACCUCCAUUAUGAAUUCAUCAGUUGGAGGUUAAGCUUUAUUUGGAUGGUUGGUUUUUUGAUGCGGUAUUGUUUCCUUCUACCUGUGCGGGUCUUAAUCUGCUUUAUUGGUACUGUUUGGAUUGUCAUGGCAAUGUUGCUUAUUGGUCUGGUUCCUGAUGGGCAUAUGAAACGCUGGCUCCACAAGCAUGCCUACCUCAUAACAUUUCGCAUUUUGGCCCGUUCCUUAUCAGCAAUCAUCACCGUGCACAACAAGCAGUAUAUGCCUUCAGGUGGGGUGUGUGUUGCAAACCACACAUCACCUAUCGACAUUGUUAUGCUGUCCACAGAGAACUGCUUCUCUCUGGUGAUGUGGCUCACAAUUUGCACUGGGAUUGUUGGCUAUGUUCGUGAGGGCAAGUUCAAACGCUGGCUUAAUUACCAUGUAUCUAUCAUGUGUUUUGGCGUCUUGUCCAGUGCCCUGUCAGCUGUAAUCACAUACCAUAAUACAGAAAACCGGCCUAAGUGUGGCAUCUGUGUUGCUAAUCAUACAUCACCUAUAGAUGUUCUUGUCCUUGCGUGUGACAACUGCUAUGCUCUGAUUGGUCAGCGGCAUGGUGGGUUUCUUGGAAUCCUGCAGAGGGCACUAGCAAGAGCAUCCCCACACAUUUGGUUUGAAAGAUCUGAAGUUAAAGACAGAGAGGCAGUAGCAAAGAGGCUGCGGCAGCAUGUGUCUGACCCAAGAAACCCUCCAAUUCUCAUCUUCCCUGAAGGCACUUGUAUCAACAACACAUCUGUUAUGCAGUUCAAGAAAGGCAGUUUUGAAGUGGGAAGUGUAAUUUAUCCAGUGGCAAUCAAGUAUGACCCCAAAUUUGGUGAUGCUUUCUGGAACAGCAGUCGCUACUCCAUGAUGCAGUACUUAUAUUUAAUGAUGACAAGUUGGGCCAUUGUCUGCGAUGUCUGGUACUUGCCGCCCAUGUACCAGCAGGAAGGAGAGAGUGCAAUUGACUUUGCCAACAGGGUGAAGAGUGCAAUUGCACGUCAAGGAGGCCUUGUGGACCUCAUGUGGGAUGGGCAGUUGAAACGUAUGAAGGCAAAACCAGAAUGGAAGGAAAAGCAGCAAGAAGAAUUCAGCAAACGACUUAAAAUUGACACAAAGAAGCAAGAAUGAAGGGGGAAAGAAAUAUCAGAUUGUGUCCCUUUGUGACCCUAGUUUCCUCCUAGUCAUUCCCAUGAAAUUGUUUUUGCUUUGAAAAUAUUGCAUCAAACUUCAUGAAGUUUGUACUUUCCCAUGUAAUGUAAGAAAGAUUCUUUUUUAUGGGGAUAAUGGGCACUGUGGGGUAAGUCACAAAGAAUAAGGCAUUAGUAUUACCCUCCAGAAAAGGGUAUGUACCUGUGUAUAUAGUGUAUAUAUGAAUGUGGGCUUGUACCUUGGAUCUUGAUUUUGACAAAAUUCGCUUAGUUUCAAAUUCUGAAACUGUAGGCUUUGGCAGAAUUUUGUAAACUGUUUGUGCCACUAAGGAGAAGAUGAUAACCAUUUAAUGAUUUCUUAUGUGAGCGGUUUUCUCAUAAAGAAAUAAAAUGUAAUUAUGCUCCAAUGUUCAAGACUACAUUUUUUCUUGUACAAUGGGCCACUAGGAUGUUGUUAUACCUUGGACCACUGGAUAAAGGAGUGGGAUAUUAUGAAAAAGAAACAUAUUUAUUUAACUUGCACAGCACUGAAUCAGUUUUUAUUCACAGCAAAUAGGACAAAUUCAUUAAUGAGGUAUGGAAAUGUAAUACACUUUCAUUUUGUAAAAAUUAAACACAGGCUUAUAUUACUACAUUCAUAUUGUCAUUUGUUGGGGUGAUUAGUAUAGACAUGGUUUUGGAUUGGAUGAUUGGAUUGACACCUUAUACAUUCACACAGUUUGGGAUUACAGGGAAUUACAGCGCUAUC